CAUGUUGAGGGAGGCGGACCGGUUCGUUUUCUGGAGGAAAGCACACAAGAAACCGGUAUUUUGCGGGACUGUUAAAAGAUGCGCCUUCCUCAAAAUCAACCAAUAGUAUUGGCAGACUGCCACGAUUAUUGAGGAGUGAUAUUUCCAGCUAUCAUUCUGGUCAGAGGUCACCAUGAAGGACCCCGGAGUCAAGCUGGACCUGUACAACUACGACCUGCCUCAGUACGAGUCCUGCCCUUACAUCCUGACGAGUCCCAGGUCCUUGGAAGCUUGCAAGAGGCUAGGGAUAAAGCCCGUGGAACUGCUGCAGAAGUCCCGCGAGGAGUUCCAGGCCGCCCACCCGGAGAUGUCGCUGGAGGAGGCCCUGGUCGCCUUCCACCGCCAGGAGAGGAACAGGCUCA